UCCCCAGGAGGUGAGCCCACCUCGGGGUGGGUCCGGAGCGGGGACAUUCCCUCCCAGGAGGUCCGCAGUUGUCGCGGUUACCCGGAGACAGAGUCGCGUUCCACGGGUGCACAUUCUGCAGCUUCCCGCACCAGCCAUGGCCUAGGGCUGUACCUGGGGCCAUUCCCGGCGCCAGGGGGCCAUUCCCAGAGCCAGGAUGCCGUCCCUGCGGCAGGACUCACCCGCCGCGGGGUUGGGGACGGGUUUCCCCGUGGUGAGGGGCCCCCCCUCCGAGUUCAUGGGCUUCUACACCACCACCUACGAGGCGGCCUUUGGGAAGAGGCCCACGGGCUCACCCCGAGUGUUCCAGGGGGGCCGAGUUUUGGGGGUCGAGCCCCCCAAGGACAGGAGCAUACACCCCCUCCUCGGCGCCCACACCGGCUCGGGAUACGUCACCAACAACUUCUCGGCGCUCCCGUCCCUCCUGUCCCCGCGCGUGGAGCGCCAGGACACCGACGUGUCCACCACCUGCGAGGACUUCAAGCUCUUCGGGCACCCGGAUUUCCGAAGGAUGUUGCCCCAGUACGUGGAUGAGCCUGAGUGUCGCUAUCCCGCCGGCUUCUCCCUUUCCCGCCUCCGUUUCGGGGAGCUGAGAGCUCCAAGAGCGUCCAGGGAAUACGACACCUGGAGCCGCCUCGACGGUCCUGCCCAGCCAGAUGUCCCAGAGAGGGCAGCGGAGCUGUCGGGCUUCACCAGGAGCGCCCCGAGGAGCGACCUCACCCUGCCGGAGCAGCCCGUGAGCCCCGUGCCCACCGUGUGCCCUGUGCCCCCGGCCCUCAGCACACCCGGGGACACUUUUCGCCGCCCAGAGCUCGACGAUGGUGACGGUCAGGUGGAUUCCUCCCCCGCCAUACGCAGCACUCCUGCCAUGGGCCACCCUGCCCCCUUCGCACCCCCGGAGCUCCGAGUGGCGCCCAAGGGAGUCACUGCCGGGAAGGAGCCGCUGACAUACGGUGCCAUCCACAACCAGUACCUGACCAAGCUCUCGCCUAUGGCCCCCGUAGCACCAGGCUGGUGGGCGCAGACUCCAAUCACCUGGGCGCCGAGAUCCGUGGAGGGCAUCCAGAUCCCAUCUCCCAGCGGCUUCAGCACCAACAACCGCCCCACCAACCUCUGGCGCAUCGAUGAACCCCCGACUUGACACCCCCCCAAAAAAAGCACUGCCGCAUCCCGGGAAUCCCAUCCUCGGUUUUUCCCAAAUCCCCUUGGCAGGAAUAA